UAGAUCAGAACUUAUAGCAUUUUCCGUUUUAAAGCGUUUACUAUGGUGGUUUUAAGCAAUAUCUUAAAUCUAGUGACAUCAUCGUGACAAUAGUCACACAAUUUCAUAACAACGAAACACGUAAUUCAGAAGAUAUUAAAAUGGGCACUUUCUGCUCCCCCAUGCUAAAUAGGAUUAAUAUAGGAGAAUUUUAUUUUUCGGCGUAAUUGUCAUUCUUAAGCAACCCUUCCAACAUUCUUCUGAAGGAAAUUAUUUACCGUGUAUUUUGUCUAUACAGGAAAUUAUAGACCUGAAUAAAAGUAAUCUUUGCCAUGCUUCGAAAAACUUAAACAUUCGUAAACUUUCACCUGCGGGGUAAGAAUUGUUUUUAAAAAUCAACGCCCCUAUUCACCUAAAAGCUUUUUAUAUUAUUUAGAUAACCAUUCACCUCGGAUGAUUGUUAAUCUGGUCUUGAACAACGACACAGAAGGAAUAAAGUGUCUUAUAAACGACCAACCAGGAAUUCUCACUACGACAUUCGGUAAAUAUAAGAAAUCUCUACUAAAUAUUGCAGCUGCCGUUGGAAGCAAAGAAAUGGUAACAUUACUAGUUGAAAAAGGCUUCGACAUUAACAUCCGCGACAAACACAAGAACACUCCUUUACACGCAGCAUGCAUGUCAAACAACUACGAAGCAAUCAGUAGUUUAUUACGUCAUGGCGCCGACGUUAAUUUGACUAACUACUUAUCACAAACGCCUACUCACAUUGCAGCAAAGGCCGGCGACGCAAAAGUAAUCAAACUUCUCUUUGAAUAUGACGUUAAACGGAAUAUGAUUGACGGAAAAGGAGAGACGUUUUUAACAGUAGCUGUGAAGCAUGAUAAAUAUUCAACGGUAGAGUUGUUAUUACAGAACGGCUGUGACGUUAAUGGUCAUGGAUAUGACGGCAAAAGCCUUGUCGAAAUUGCUACAGAAAGUGAGAAUUAUAAAAUAGCGGGUUUAUUACUUUCCUAUGGAGCCAACGUGCAUGGAAUUUCUGAGCUAAAAAAUGCUACAAUUCAUGCUGCAGUGGAGCGUAACGAUCUCCUCCUUGUAGAGUUGUUUAUUUCCCAUAAUGCUGACGUAAAUGCUAUUAAUGAGAGGGGAUGGACUCCAUUGCAUAUCGCAGCCUGGAAAGGUUAUCGAGACAUCUUAGAGUUAAUUAUUCAAAAUGGCGCAGAUGUAAACAAAAAAAAUGGACAAGGUCAAACACCGUUGUAUUUAAGCGCAUUUAAUAAUCACACUGACGUAACGUGGCAGUUGAUUGAAAAUAAGGCCAACAUUCACUCUAAAAAUAACUACGGCUGGACGCCGCUCCACGCCGCUGCUUUUAAUGGACAUACAACCACUAUCAGUGUUCUUUUGAUGGCUCGUUCUAAUGCAAAUGAUAAAACCAAUUUCAACCAAACACCGCUUUAUCUGGCUGUUUACUCAAAUCAAUUGGAAUCAGUCAGUAUCUUAAUCAAACAUUCUGUGAAAAUGAAUACAAAAACAUGUAAUGGUCACACUGCCCUUCAUAUUGCAGCACAAUAUGAAUACAUAGAUAUUAUGAAACUUCUUCUUUCAAACGAAGCACAUGUGAACGUGCAAGACGAAGCUAAGUUAACGCCGCUUCACUUAGCCGUGAUUUGCAAUAAAAUCCAUUCCGUACAAAUGCUUUUACAAAGAGGUGCCCAAAUAGAUAAAAUUGAUGCCAGAGGUAACACAUCUUUGCACAUUUCUUCAGAACGAGGUUACAGUAAUAUGCUAGAGUUGCUACUUGAAAAUGGUGCAUCUAUUAACGCCGUAAACUUCUAUGGCUGGACUUCCCUACACAAAUCUGCAUACAAUAACCAUUAUGAUGUUGCAGAGUGUUUGCUCAUGCAUAACAUAAAAAGCAACAUAACAUCUUGGGGGAGGACCGCUUAUGAUGUGGCUUUACUCAAAGGACAUCAGCAAUUAGCUUGUCUUAUAAAAAACUUCAGAAAAGAUGUUUAGACUCUAAAUCUAAUA